UCGAAGGUCACGUGACGUUCCCGGCGAAACGUCACAUCCGGAAACGGGCUGUAAUGUUUUCACCCGGCAGCGCGCUCUUCUCCGUGGAAAUGAAUGAUAAAUGUGGCUGUACGCUGCCAACCGUAACGUGGAAUGAGUUCGUUGUCCACAGUGGGAGGAGAAACACGCCCGUGGGGUUUGCACUCCAGGAAGUCACGGCUGCUGCUCCAUAGGAACGUCUGAGCAGCGAAACAUCCGCGGCUUUGGCUCCAGGUAGUGUCAGUCCAGCCGUAGCUUUGUGGGUUUUUUUUUAGGUGGCGUAUUUACAUCACCGUGACGGGUAUUUGCUGGAGAGGACAUAUUUUCCACGCUUCGCUCCGUCCUGGCGUGUUUGUAUUUAUAUUAAAGGACAGAUAAGCGGAUGUGGAGCUAACCUGACUCUUGACAGGAUGGCCACGAUGGUGGCGUUUGGAGCCAGAGGAAUCGUGGCGAACCUGCGGUGCGCUCUGCACAGAUCGGGCUCCUUUGCCAGACGCGGGCUCCUGCAGGGCCAGGGGCCACGCUGGGCUCAAAGAGGACAGAUUUUCAGCCACAUGCCCAAGGUCACGCUGCUGUGCUGGGGAGCCGUCGGUGCCUCGUCCUUUGCAGCCAGCUGCCAGGAAGCGGCAGCCAGAACAACAGACAGAAAGUCCCUUGCCAAAGUCCAAGUCCACAAAGUGAUAUUCUUCCUCCGGCUCGGCCUCCGUGCGUUGGUCCUCCUCUUUAAAUUUGGCCCCCUCCUCCUCCUCUCGCCCCUGGCUCUGAUGUCCACCCGCUGUGCCUCUUACUGGCUGGAGGCUCUGCUGUGGGUGACCGAGAGCUCUGGGCCCACUUUCAUCAAGCUGGGCCAGUGGGCCAGCACCCGUCGGGACAUCUUCUCUCAGGAGUUCUGCGAACGCUUCUCCCGGCUCCACGUCAAGGUGCGCCCUCACUCCUGGGCCCACACCAAGCAGUGCCUCCGCAGGGCCUUCGGCGAGGCCUGGAGGUGGGUGUUGGUGUUUGACAGCAAGGAGCCUGUGGGUUCGGGGUGCGUCGCCCAGGUGUACAGAGGCUGGGCCAGGGUGGAGCAGGUGGAGGACGCCUCCUUCCAGUCCAUGGUGGAAGAGAUGGAGAGGGAAGACAUGCUGGAGGCCUGGGAGAUCCCCGGCCUCGGAGGCCUGGCCGGUGUCCUGCGGCAGCUCUGGAAGGGCAGGAGAGAGGAGGACGAGGGUAUAAGGAGAGGAGCCCUGCAGAUCGGCAGCCCGGGGAAGAGCAGCGGUGAGAAGGAGCGCCUGAUACCUGUGGCCAUCAAGGUGGUCCACCCGGGCGUCAGGAGGCAGGUGGAGAUCGACUUGCUGCUGAUGAAAGCGGGUAGCUGGCUGCUGCACUGCCUGCCUGGACUCAAGUGGCUCAGCAUGUGUGAAGUUGUGGAGGAAUUCGAGAAGCUGAUGACCAAACAGAUCGACCUCCGUUUUGAGGCCAGAAACAUCGAGCGUUUCCAGGAAAACUUCCGCGACGUGGACAACAUCAAGUUCCCAACGCCGUUGCGGCCGUUCGUCACCAGGAACAUUUUAGUGGAAACCUUUGAAGAGAGCGAGCCCAUAUCGAACUACCUGAGCUCCGAGAUUCCUCAGGAGGUGAAGCAGAGAAUAGCGAGGAUGGGAGUGGACACCCUGCUGAAGAUGGUGUUUGUGGAUAACUUUGUCCACGGAGAUCUGCAUCCCGGCAACAUCCUGGUCCAACGCCUGAAGCCCCCCACCGGUUCCAGCGACGCGACGGGUGCCUCAGGGGACCACCACGGGAAGACCACCCUCACCGACCUGUUGGACACGGUGGUGGUCAGCGUCCGACCCGACCCGUGUCCUCUGCAGCUGGUGCUGCUGGACGCCGGCAUCGUAGCGCAGCUCAGCGAGCGCGACCUCGCCAACUUCAAGGCCGUCUUCACGGCGGUGGUGCUGCGCAAGGGUGAGAGGGUGGCUGAGUUGAUUUUGAAUCAUGCCCGAGCUAACGAGUGCAAAGACGUGGCGCUCUUCAAGAAGGAGAUGGCCGACUUGGUGGAUCAUGCCGUCAGCAACACCCUCUCUCUGGGAAAGAUCCAAGUGGCUGAUUUGCUGUCUAAGGUCUUUGGCUUACUCAUCAAGCACAAGGUGAAGCUGGAGAGUAACUUUGCGUCCAUCGUGUUUGCCAUCAUGGUGCUGGAGGGUCUGGGAAGGUCGCUCGACCCCAACCUGGACAUCCUGGACUUGGCCAAACCCCUGCUGCUGAAGGGGUCGCUGCUCUGACGCACGCCGACUCAGCGCACGCCCGGCGGAUCAAAGUGCAGACAGGCAGCUGUGCGGUUAAUAGGUGGAUUUACACGUCCAUGCCUACAUCCUCUUUAUACCAUUUUAAUAGGUUUUCUUCAGAAUUGCAAUGCAAUGAUCCACCGUAGAUCAUAAGAUCCUCGUCUUUCGAUGACAUUUCGGCAGAGUUGAGCUCGUAAAUACCUCGUGCUGUCUGUGUUGUGGUGGCAGCAUCCGCUUUGAUUAUUUUUUACUCAUGCUUCAUCUCCUGAUGUCUGUGUCGAGCAUGAACUUUUCAUACACUGACGUGAACUCUAAAGCACAAACGCCUCAGCCUGAUUAGAGUUGAUGCAUUUUGCAGAAGGCACCUUGUGUAGUUUGAUUACCAAUCAGCGAGUCAGACGCAGGAUGUAAUCAGAGGGCAUCUCAGUAAUUAUUUAAGGUAAAAUAGCAGCAUGCUGAUAGAAAUCCAUGCUGCUUCUCACUAAGCUGGUUUUCUUUUUAAAUCACCGAUACUGCAACCACAAACCUUUUUAGGGAUUUGAUUGGCAUUUUAUCUGAUAUACCAACUCAAAGUAGUGCAGAAUUGUGACCUGAAAGGAAAAGAAUACAUCAUUUUUAUUUAUUUUUUAGCUUUUUAACGGUUUAAAUAUGAGUGUGGUGUGCAUUGGUAUUCAGCUCCCUUAAAGUAACAUUUUAUGCAACCAGCUUUGCGCAUCUUGAGAUUGCAAUUUUAAAAAAAAGUUCCUCUGUGCAAUUUAGUUCAAGCUCAAUUCGUUUCUCUGCCGUUAGGUAAAUCUAAACCCAGAUCACAGGUCUA